GUCGGUCUUUGUGCUGCCACUGGUGGUGGUACAUUUCGAUUUUGAUAAACCUUGAUAAAAAUUAUAAAUACACACACUGUACUCUACGGCGAAGCGUGAGCUGCGGCAGUGAGCGAGUGCGGACAGUGAGCGGGCAGUGGCGAGCGCGCAACCAGCGAAGCGAAAGUGUCCGAUGUCCGCGUUGUGAGUUUGGCGUGUGCGAUGACGAGCAGUGCGAACAGCGGCAAACGGACUAGCAACAAAACUCGGAGACGAAAUGCGGCGAUCGCCUUCCUGUCCAACAUCAGCCUUGAUGGCUCGUACAGCCCGGCGGACCCGACAGCCGUGCAGCCGCCUGCCAGGCCGACGGCGCACCUCGGCUUGAAGAACGAGUUGGCCGGCGACGAGGACGACGACGAGGAUGGUAGUAUGGGCGUCGAGGAGCCCCCGGCCGCCGCCGCCGUCGUCGCAGCUGCUGCUGCCGCCGCCACCGCAGCCCCCGAGGACCUCAGGGGGGCGGUGCCGGGCCAGGCCGCCGUGGCGGCCGCCUUGCUCGUGGCCGGCGGAGCGGUCGCGGCCGUCCAGCAGGCAAACUGCGAGCCUCUCGGCGAGGCCAUGGCCAAGGUGCCCGGCGUCGACAUGAUCGACACCGUCGCCGUGCCCAGGGCAUCCUUCAGGGAGAGAACGCAGACCGGUGGGAGCGAGGGAGGUGGCGAGAUAAGGAGACGGCUAGGUUCCUUUGGACGCAAAAAAGCACCAGCGCUGGCUGCAUCUGUCGACGACAAGUACAGCAGCAACGAAAGCAUUGGUGGAAAUUACGUGCGGGGCAAGGCCUCGCCAAGCAAUUUGCUUCCGUUGGCUGGCAUCCAGUUCGCGGCAGGCAGUUCGCCUGAAGGUUUUGGCCGAGGCUUGCGUCUCUCCAACCCUAAGAAGGGGGGCAGCCAGCCGGCCGACGACGAGCGCGGCUGCAUCACCACGUCCAAGAAGGCCACUCCAUUCCUCGUCUUCUCUUCCCUCCCAUACAACAAGACUGGAAGGAGUGAUGGGAAAAAGGAUAUCCGAAGGCGCCACACUUCGGGGCCUCGUCCUUUAUCCGUGAUAAACGACAGCAGUGACCCAUUUGAUCUAUUGGGAGUGGAGAAAGGCAAAGAUGGACAGGAAAUAUCGUACGGCCAGCUGUUGGUCCCAUCUCGACACUACCCUCAUGACCGGAAGGUCGUGUCUGUUGACUACACUGAGCUACCUGACUCAACAGUUGCAGCUCCGCCAAACACUGGGCGCCACCCUGUGGUAGCAAGGCCAGAGUUAGCUGCAUAUAAUGUGGAUAAUAAAUGGUGUUAUUCUUAUGAUACCGCUUCGCAUCGGACCACAGCUCACGUGGUCCCUGCCUCCCCAACGCCUCAGCAGGGCCAUGAUAAAGCGUUUGAGUGGGAGAAUUUCAGCACACACUCGUUGCCUCAGAUGUUGCAGCCAGCUCCUGCCUAUGCUCCCAAUUUGCUUGAUGAUCCGGAAAAUGUAACUGGACAUCACAGAACGCUCCUAACAUUUUCGUCUUACAUGACGUCGCUAAUUGGGUACACAAAACCGGCCGAAUUAAAAAAGGAGCUGAACGACAAGUUCCGAGAGAAGUUUCCGCACAUUCAACUCACCUUGAGUAAAUUGCGAAGUUUGAAACGGGAAAUGAAGAAAAUCGCCAAGCAAGAGUGUGGCAUAGAUCUGCUGACAGUAGCUCAAGCUUAUGUCUACUUUGAGAAAUUGAUAUUACGCAGUUUGAUUAACAAGCCGAACAGGAAGUUGUGUGCUGGCGCCUGCCUUCUCCUUUCAGCCAAACUCAAUGAUGUCAAAGGAGACGUUUUAAAGCAACUUAUUGAAAAAACGGAGCUGGUUUUCCGUCUGAACCGCCGAGACUUGCUGCUGUCCGAGUUCGCGGUGUUGGUCGCCCUCGAGUUCAGCCUGCACAUCCCAACGUGGGAGGUGAUGCCGCACUACCAGCGCCUGCUUUACGAGUCCUGACACCCGCGAGUGCAACCUUGCUGUCCUAGGUCCUUAGUCUAGUCCCUCAAAUCUGCUUCUAACGGUGCACAAGUGCAACUUUUACUGUUCCCCUUUGCCCUUUACACUUUUCCUGAUUAAGAGUUUUAUUGAUUACUACUUGUCUGCUGCUAGACACGACAAAAGCAUCAAUCAAAUCAGAGAAGCUUUUAGGCCACAAUUUAGUCUCUAGUCCGCCUUCUUGAAUGUUUAUCAACUUUUUGCGCUGAACUGGGGUUAGCCACUUCUAUGGUGUAUGUUCUAAUCGAUAGUAGUUGUGUUUUUUUCGAUGGUUUCAGGAUGGGUUGGAAACAACUUACUUUUGAUCAACGAUUAUGAGUGUACCUUACUAGCUUGUGGCUUAAUUUUUCCAAUAUUUUUGCUUGUGUGACGUACUGGUAAAGUACAUAGUAGUGACAUGCACACGAAACUUUUUUACAUUAAAAAUUGCCAUUUUUUGUCUUCGUUUGAAGUGGAAUUCAAAUCAUUUGAAACAAAAGAAUGGAAUAACUAGCACCCCUGUCUUUGGUGAAUUCAUUUGUACCUAAAAGAACUGACUCGCCAGCAAUUUUUAACUGAUUUUUACUAUGCUGUAAGCCACUUGAUAACUUCUACCCCUCUAGUACGAGUAACGUGUUAUAAUACUUUUGGAUUGCUUAUUUUUUGUAUGUCAAGCUCAUUAAUCUCUAGUGGGCAGUUGAUCGAAAAGAAGAGAUAGACUUAAUUUUGAGGCAAUUUGUUAGACUUUCUGAAAUAUUACUCGAUGAGAAGAUUAAGAAUUGAUGCUAUCAAUCUCGCGGUGCCAUAUUUUGAAAAGUUUUAAUAAUUUUGCUCUAUAGACGACUGAUGGGAAUUCUCAGAUUGUACUUUAAAAUAUAAAUGCAAAGAAUAGUACUUGUUGUAAUUUGCGUAGCUUCUUCCCCUGAUUUUCUUGGGCUAUGCAUAUAAAUACGUUGAAUGGUACUUCAUAAUUCUAUAAAAUAUCCAGACAUAGUUAAAGUUUGUGUUCAUUUAGAGAUUUGUCAUGCGCGCAUGAUGCGAAACAGCAUUCCUAUGAAAUUAACAAUUGCUGCUAUUCUCUGCUUCAGCAGGAAGAGAUGUAAUUAAUUUAGGGUUUGAUUGUAAAUCGCUCUAAAUGGUGUAAGCAUGAUGACAUCCAAAGGUGUAAUGCUGAUAUCGAUUUGAACUUUAUGCUCUUUCUAGUAUAAAGCUUUGAGUGAAGUUUCUCAGAAGCUUGUGCCUUUUAUGCAGGUGUUGCAUUGAUCGUUUGAAAAAAGUUGUGCUCUGAUAACUGAUUGUAAUUAUAAGGAAACUUCUGAAAAACAUCUUCAGCUAAAGACCUGGAACUAGAUUUGAACCAAAUUUUCCCCAGCUCUGGAGUAAUGCCUUUUGUUUAAAAUUGUAAUACUGAAGCUGCAUAAAUACCUGAUUGAACUAGAGCUGUGCUUGGAGCUUUCCACUAGUCUAGAAAGAGGAAGGGCGUUGAAUAAUUAAAAUUGGUCUUGAUGAACAGCUGCGACGACAAAAAAGUGUAAUUUAACCGGGAGACUUGAUAUGUAAAACUGUAACACACAUUAUCCUUGGUUGGUGAAUUGUUUCAAGGUGGAGAGGCAUUAUACUCGCAGGUUUUACUUUUAAUUGGAUAGAUUUAUCAUUACUUAUUUACAUGAUCAUUAUGAAUGGAUCGGGUAGGGCGUUAGUUUAGCAUAGAAUUAACAAAAAGAAACAAUUGUCCACUUGCGCAUGUACAUAAUUAGGGAAAGGAUAUAAUGGAAUGGCAAUUUAAUGUCUAGCGGUGUCAACAAUCAUUUUGUGUAUUGGACUAAUUGGGCACUUAUAUUCAUUGAAUUCAGUUGAAAGGAAGCAAGCAGGCAGGAAUGGAGACGCGUUUGGAGCAUUUGAGAUGCGAAAGAGGACUUUGUGCAAUCAACCAAAUUAAUUAAUAUUGCGUAAUCGAAAAGGCUGGAUUUGCAAAGUACACACAUACACACACACUCACACAUAUUGAAAAUAUGCCUAACAUUGUAUCACUGCGUAAAUUAAAGCCAUACAUAUAUAUUGUUUGUUCAGUUUUGUGUUUAUAUUGCUCAUUUUAGUUAAAUGUGAUGCUAGGUUGUGAUGAUGUUGCUGUCUAUACAAUCAAUUGAUCAUUUUUGGUGUUGUUUUUCAUUUUGUACCCAACAUCAUAAUUGUUUUACACUCAUUAUUGUCUUUUAAUUUUCGAGCGCAUCUAAUCACCAUUAUUGCAAAUUUUGCCCACAUGUGUCUCACGUUUCUGGGUUAUACUAUACCGUGUAAAAUGUUAUCGAUUCAUGGAAUUAUAUUAAUGUUGAUUAAUUUUCUUGACGUAUUGUGAGAAAAUAAAAAAGGCAAACUCAAAUUAAAUCCUA